AUGCAGCCUCAUGACAGAGCCCACCCUUUCGACGCGCGCGGUUUCUCAGCCCUUCGCCCCGACGACGGGGGGCCCCCCGGCAUUUCAGGGGCCCCCCGGGCUCCUGGGGCCCCUGGGGUCCCCGUGGCCCUGGGAGGCCGCCCCCCAGUGCCCGAUGCGUUUUGCUGCGUCCACCCUCUCGCGCUCGAGCAGCCGCAGCAGCAGGGCAGCGGCGACUGGCGGCUGCGAGCCACCAGCAAAGCCAUUCGUUCGGACUCCGACUUGCGCCGCUGGCUUUCCUCUUCGACGCAUUCGCAGUUUCUGGCUUUCGUGGGGCGGCUGGCGAAGCACGCGGCGGGGAAGAAGUCGCUGCCCAGUUUGCUGCGCGCAGAUGUGGCAAGUCGAAAGAUAACAGAACCAGCAGUGGCUGCCUCAGGGGCUGCGUCUCAGGCGCAGGCUGCGGGGGCUUCAGCUGCUGCGCCUGCUGCCUCGGCCUGCGACGGCUUGGGGUCUCGAAUUCGCACUUUUGUGCCCUUCGGAGAACUCCCGGCCAACAACGUCUGCUGGGCAAUGCUGCGAGUGCUGCAGCAGCUGCUGCAGUGGGUGCAAGACAUACCCCCCGUCGAACAGCCCACGCGUUUCGGCAAUCAGGCUUUCAAAACUUGGUGCAGAAAGCUCGAGGAGGAGGCUUUGGAUUUGCUGGCGCCCGUGUGGACUUCGAGCGGAACUGAAAUAUCAGAAACUGCGAAAAUGGAAUUGACAGAUAUAUUCUGCUCCUCUUUUGGAAAUCCAGUUCGUCUGGACUUCGGGACUGGACACGAGUGCUCGUUUGCUAUCUUUCUUUUUUGCCUAUUUAAAUUAAAGUUGCUCGAGGAAGAUACCCACGACCCCUUCGCCGUCUUAGGCAUAUUCAAAGGGUAUGUAGAGGUGGCUCAUGCCCUGCAGCAGCGCUACAUGCUGGAGGCCGCUGGAAGCAGAGGCGUUUGGGGUUUGGAUGAUUUCCACUUCCUGACUUUUCUCUGGGGCGCCGGCCAGCUGUCUGAGCAGCAGAUCAUAGAGCCGGAUCAGAUAACUGAGCGAGACUUGGUCCAGCAACUCGCCCCGGAUUUGUUGUAUUUUGACUCCAUACAAUACGUGCUGCAGACAAAGAAGGGAGCUCCCUUUUUCGAGUGUUCGCCCAUCCUGUACGACGUCAGCGGCAUCAGCAGCUGGAAAAAGAUCUGCGCGGGUUUAAUCCGCAUGUACGAGGGCGAGGUUUUAUGUAAACUGCCCAUCGUGCAGCACUUCCUUUUUGGCACCGUAUUUCCACUGACUAAGUAA